AAUCUUGUUCCAUAUCGGAGCUGGAUGGAGCUGUACAGUUCUGCUCACAGCGCACAUCACUAGUGGAAGAGCGCAGAAAAAGCAGCUAAGAAAAAGUCUUUUCUUUUCACGGUAAAAGAAAACGGUGGCGAUUUUGGCCUGCCUUCGCAAACGAAAUCGAGCCGGAAAAGUGCAUCCGGUCGUGCAGUCCGGGAAGCAGUUGCGUUCGCGUGUGCGUGUUGUUUGCGGAGCCUUCACGCCCCGAAGCUGUGCAGAAAACAUAUCCGCCGAUCCGCCGAGGCCCAGCUAGAGCGACGACGACCGCGUCAUCUUAAUGGCCGAUUGAGGAACCGUGCGCGUAUUCCCGUGUGUGUCGACAGCAGCGCCUCUUGCCGUGGUGUACGUGAAUGCGUGCUCCUGGUACCAGCUUUCGCCACCCGUCUGUACCCGUCUGUGUGUCCGGCAGGCAGUCACGCACGCACGGCCACGGUCGAACCACGGUACAUCCAGCGACUGCUGCUCGUCCCGUCUCCGCACCAUCAGGGAGUGUGGGACAGUGUGGGGCAGUGUGGUUGCGCCUGCUCGCAGGGGGAAAAGAAAAAGUGCAACGGCGCCCUGUCGGUGGUGCGAAGAAAAACUACGCGAAAAUACACACAAGGGCGGGGUGGCAAAAUCCGCACUGUGCUCGACCGACUCCAGUUUCGGUGUCGUGGGGCGAGGAUGAUUCUCAGUUGCGCGACGCAAGUGAGAUGAAAAUUGUGCAAAAGUGAACGUGAACGUCGCCGUGGAGGGUGCAGCAAAGGGAGUAGCAACGAGCAGGAAUCGUCUUACAGGCUGCGCUGGCUCGGAUGAUGAUGAUGGUGUCAAAUUAAAAGCUCGAAACAAGUGCAGUCAAGCUAUCAGCGGAAGCAAAAUUUUUCGUUGGUUAUGGUUUCCGUUGUUGCGUGGAGCCCGCGCGUUUGAUGAUACGUCUUCACCGGUGCACUUCCGUUCACUUGCUGCGGUAGCACAGUGACAUUACCCCCCCCACACACACAGAGUAAGGCAACAGGAACCUACCGCAGACGCAAGCCAGGACGGCAGAGGUGAAGUGUGGUAGUACAGGCCACCACAAACCCAGCGGAGAUACAUCUACAAGCGAGACAGGCCGCCGCCGGCACCACCCCGGGUUACUGUGCUGCACGGAAGGAUAGAGAGAGAGAGCGAGCGAGAGCGUGUAGUGCUGAUUUCGUCGAACUUCGCCCUUGAUUGCACGCUGGCCGUGCCCUACGUCGACCGGCGGAAGUGAAAUACCGAGCACUCCCGCGCCUGUGUGUUUGUGUAUGUGUGUGUAGGUGUGCGUGUUUAUGUGUAUCUGCUGUGUGUGUGCACGUUUGAUUGUGUGUCGGAGUGCCUCUAAAUACGGUGGUGUGUGAUCCGAGGUUUUGAGAAUCUCGGUAUUUUCUCGACGAAAAAUCACUCGCACCACAGGCCGUCGCCCCUUCUCCAGCAACAUAUACAUCGUUCCUUCAAGCUCCUUCCCUCCCACUACCCUUCCCCCACGCACAGGGAGGGACAAGAAGACAACGGAUCAACCAUUGCCGCCGCGCGUGUUGAUGUAGUGGUGGAAUUUUGUGAUAAUUGAAUUAGUGCAAUAAUAUAUACGGCCGCGCGUAACCGCCGCGCCACCGUUGCCGCCACGACAGUAAAAGCAAAGAGGUUGUUCUGGGGUUGCAAGAAGAAGGAGGCCGUACACAAGGGGGCACAUGUCGAUAUAGCACGUGCUCACACGGUACUCGCGGCCACGACAGCGGAACCGAAAGUAGCAAUAGGCAAGUAGGAGCAACAAACCGGAGCCAAUUCUUCCCAGUGUGAGAACGAGCAUAGCGGUCACUCAGUUGUGUGUGUGUGUGUGAGUGCGUGCGUGUGUGCGUGUGUGUUGCAGUAGUGAUCGUUCCCGGUUGGAGCAUAUUUAAUCGUCUGAAUCGUCGGACGCGUGGCAAGUGUUUCACGAUCGCAUCCUCUCCCGCCUGUCGACAGCUGGGUCGUCGUCGGUCCCUGCCGUUCCGCCGCCCAAGAACGAAACGAAGGAUAACGGAAGCCGACGCCAACGCCGCCGCCGGAAGCGUGAGCCAAUCUCGCCGCCAGCAUGGAGUGCUGCCUGUCUGAGGAAGCCAAAGAGCAAAAGCGCAUCAAUCAGGAGAUUGAGCGGCAGCUGCGACGAGACAAGCGCGAUGCAAGACGGGAGCUGAAGCUGCUGCUGCUGGGUACUGGUGAAUCGGGUAAAUCAACAUUCAUCAAGCAGAUGCGUAUUAUUCACGGCAGUGGCUACUCGGACGAGGACAAGCGGGGCUUCAUCAAACUAGUAUACCAAAACAUCUUCAUGGCGAUGCAGUCGAUGAUACGAGCGAUGGAUCUGCUGAAGAUAUUGUACAGUGAUCCGGCAAAUAUCGAGCAUGCCGAGCUAAUACGAAGCGUAGACUUCGAGACAGUGACCACAUUCGAACCGCCAUACGUUCAAGCAAUCAAAGACUUAUGGGCCGAUGCGGGCAUCCAGGAAUGUUACGACCGAAGGAGAGAGUAUCAGCUAACAGAUUCCGCCAAAUAUUACCUUAUGGAGAUCGAUCGUGUCGCAGCACCAAACUAUCUUCCAACGGAGCAGGACAUUCUGAGAGUGCGCGUGCCCACGACCGGCAUUAUCGAGUAUCCCUUCGAUCUGGAGGAAAUUCGGUUUAGGAUGGUAGACGUCGGCGGACAAAGAUCUGAAAGAAGGAAAUGGAUCCACUGUUUCGAGAAUGUAACAUCAAUCAUAUUCUUGGUUGCACUGUCGGAGUAUGAUCAGAUUCUGUUCGAAUCCGAAAAUGAGAACCGAAUGGAAGAAUCGAAAGCUUUAUUUAAGACCAUUAUUACGUAUCCAUGGUUCCAACAUUCGUCGGUCAUCCUGUUCUUGAACAAAAAGGAUUUGCUCGAGGAGAAGAUCAUGUAUUCGCAUUUGGUAGACUACUUCCCCGAGUACGAUGGACCACAAAGAGAUGCAAUAGCUGCCAGAGAAUUUAUACUUCGCAUGUUUGUAGACUUAAAUCCCGAUUCGGAGAAAAUAAUUUAUUCACAUUUCACUUGCGCGACAGACACCGAAAAUAUACGGUUUGUGUUCGCCGCUGUCAAGGACACGAUACUUCAGUCCAACCUAAAGGAGUACAAUCUGGUUUGAACUCGGAGAGGCAACAGUGCUUGCUUGCCAUUGGCACCUGCGUUUCGGUAUCGACUACAACAGAAGCAUAAUGGUGAACGAUCGCUGGCGAUGAUCUCGUUUACGUCAAAGGUGUGGUAUCCCUUCAUCAUUAUAUUCGCCUUUGGUGCCAUUCUACUGGAACUCUAUCAUCAUCGUUACCAACAAACCAACAAUUACACGCGCUAUUCGCGGAAGUGUCGUCACAGCAACCAACUAAAAAAAACAAAUGGCCGUGGCCCCAUACAGCGCACUGCACCACCCUGUGGGCCGUAAAUGUAGUGAUUCAAAGUGAGCCGAGCAGCAACUUCCUCGGAGCGCUACAUCAUCAUUAGUCGUCCGUCAUUAUCGCCACACUACGGUCGCCAUCAUCAUCAUCGUCAUCGUCAUUUGCACAUCCGCAGCAAUAGCGAGCAGCACGAGCGGGCGAGCGGCAACGCGCGGAUACGAUGCUGCAGCGUCGCAGUAUCGUUUCGCGAGCUUCACUCUACAACGUGUGGCCAAUGAUCGUUCAACCUGUGAGGGCACCAUUGUCUUGUUGAGCGCAACAGUAGUCACCUUAUAUUUUAUUAAUUGAUUCAAAAGCUGAACGUCAGAUAUGUCGGACCAUGCGUGUCAACAAGACUGUGCCUGUGCUAUUUUCGAAUAGGGGGGUAUUUAUGUUCGCCUCUGGUUAUUUACAUAUACGAGCAUUAAAUUCAAUAUAUCGUUGCUUCGAUGUUUGCUUUACUGCUUGUGCAAAAGUGGGGUGAAGUCCACAACACCGUUACUGCAAUCAGAAUCUAACAAUCGUGUAUACACGCACAUGCACACACUCCCAUACUGGAACAUUUAUUUUAAUUACUCUGUGUAAAACGGCGCGACCUCGACUGUUGGGUGUGUAUAUUAUUACGAGAUCUGCUAAACUGCAUACACACAUACACACACAUUAUGUUGCAAUAACAAGACCCGUAAGUCAGUCCGUGAAUGCAACGAACAGAAGAAUACCAUCACAUAAUAAACAUAACAACAUGUGUACAGCAACUGGGUUCAUUUAGCAGCAGCUGAAUGAAUUUGCAGAGCAAUGGUGAUUAUCCUUACUUGUUAGUGUACUGUGUUUGUUUAGCUUUAUCUUCCUACACUGAUUGUAACUCUUCGCUUAGCAAGUUUAGUUCCGGCACGAACCGCUCGUAGAUACUUCCUUAAAGCCAUCUCCUUGCCAAACUAGGACAAUGUAUCGAUGUGUCGACGAUAUAGCAAUAUGUUGAUUGACUGUCUUAUUACACACUCUCACACACACACACAAAUUGUAGUCAUUUAUUGACAGUUCCUGAGCUCGAAUAGGCGUAUUUUUUGUGCGGAAUGUUUACUGCACCAAAACAGUUGCGUUUCCAAACAUAUGUUCGUCUCACGUAUCGAUGGAUGAAAGUUCGCUCUCACAUCACCCAAUAGCUAUUUCACUUACCUGUUGUCUGUACCUCCGCGUACGAUGGCGAAUGUACGAUUUUGUUUUAUUGCAAGUUUCCUUAAAAGAAGCAAUUCAAAGAAAUCCAACUUGCUAAACCAUAGUUUCGACCGAUCCAUAGUAAUGUUUGUUACAGAACCGAAUGGAGAAAAGCUAAAAUUUAGCAGAGACUAUAUUUUUAUUUUGCUUUGUAAAAAUAAUGUUAUGUGUUUUCGUGGGUUUUAGAAGACGAUUGUGAUAUCGCGCCUUCAAACUCAUAAGAUGUUGCCGGUUCACAACACUAUUUAUUCCCCUGAGUUGCAAAGAGAGAUACGUUAAUAUGUUUACUGGUACUACCAAUCGAUUCGUAGUCAGAUGCGUCGUCCUCUUCCACGUUAAAGCAGAGGAAGAACGUAUAGGUCUUUUAUUUUUGUUUACUCUUGUUUAUAGUUUCGCUAUUUGCACUUCCAUUGCCCACUUAUCCGAAUUGCCGAAAGCCGCACCAACACGAAACGCUAAUGCAAUCUGUGUGUUGCAAGUGUGAUAAUCACAUACAAACAAACAAAACCCCCACAACUCAGAUACACACACCGUCAAACAGUAGAAAUGUUUGCAAUGAUCAAACGAAACACGACGGUAUCAAGUAUCAGUCGAACUGAUUGGUCGAAUAGUUCUGUUUUACACUUCAGUCUAUAUCCCCCUCCCUUUGCUUAAGUUGUUGCAUUUAGGUGUCGUUGAGUGAGAGAACGUGCAGAGCGCAGAUGGGCAGACACGGGAAUGGGCAGAUUUUUACGUGCAUGAAUAUUAAGGUAAUAAUAUACAUCGGACUGUGAAUUAAAAGAAACAUAAAACAAGAAAGCAAUCACUGAACUCAGACCAGCAGGCCCAGGCUCAUCACCACGGACAGCCAUAAUAGUGCGUAAGGGGGCUGAUUUAUGUUGAUCGCCCGUCAGGGCCACGAUUCCUGCGCCUCCCGUAAAUGAAUUGAAAACAAUACACACCCAUACACACACUGACACACCCGAGAUUCGCUUUUCAUAUCAUGAUUUUGUGUCAAACAGUUGACAGCCGCUAGUUGAAUGUGAUUAUUACCAUCGAGGGAGCGUGCGAGGAAGUCUUUGAAAUGGUUUUGCUAUUAUUAUAUGUGUAUGUGUUCCAAUUUCUGGCCAAUUAAACCAAAAACAAAGAGAGAGAAGAAAAGAAAACAAACGCACGAUCAGGGAAGAGAUAGAGAGGAAACUGUGUCAAAAAAGAAAAGGAAAUCCCACGGGAACUACACCAAGCAGCAGCUGUGUUAUGUGUGGGAUUUAUCCUUCCCGUUUUCACCCAAGUUGAUGUGAUAAAUCGAGAAAUGCAAACGAACGAAGCAUGGUAUCGUUUUUUAAGAACAUUUCCCAACUGCUGCACUCACUCGUGAUCGUUUGAUCAGACCCAAAAGAUGCGUGUAUAAUAAUCGGGUCGUGCGGGGUAGUAUGUGUUUUGUUACGUUUUUUUUCUCCCCCUCCCUCCGCUUAUGUCUCGUUACGUUAUUAUUUUGAUUCGUUUAUCAUUUCGUUUAGUUUAAGCGUUGGACCAUGUUCAGCCUACCUUCAGCUCUAAAGGCGGAAUAAUAACCGGCUGCUACAGAAUUCAGGCAAAGUAUUGUGGAAUUGAAAACCGGCAGCGGUAGCGAACGGGGGGGCAAUUAGUAAUAUCCCCCCGGACACACAACCUCCCCUAACGUUAUGAAUGGUUACCUUAUUUGUAUCUGUUGUUUUGUCACCAUCAGCCUCGUUAUACAUAUAAAUAUAUAAAUAUAAAUACAUAUAACUCAUAACUAAUGUAUGUGGUAAAUGUACAACCAACCCUAACCUAACCUUUAAGUUAACUUACGCGUGUAACAGAUACCAGCGCGCGCACCCUUACUGUGUCCGUGAGUCAUCGUCUGCGUUCUUGAAAUGGGCUUCAAAAACGGUCCAAUAAAUAUAGUUUAGAAGCCGGCAAAAAUAUAAGCGGUUUCUGCAGCAAAA